AUGGUAAAGAAGACGCGGUCACCGCCAUUUUAUAGACGGACCGCUCCUGCCCCCCGGAUUCAUGCACAAUGCGCUGGCAAGCCCGGAGCGGCCCCACCCUGCCGUGUCGUGCCUUCCCUUUCGCCGUUGAGUGUCGGCCACGUUUCGCCACGAGAACAGAUAUCGAGUAUCUUGGGCAUGAAAACAAGUAGCAUAUCGUCGGGCGGCAAUUUCAUGCGUGUCUUCAAGAGCCAAACGCGCGAAGUCGAUAAUCAGCUGUUGUUGUCGAGGUCCGCAAGGGUGGGUCCGGACCGCCGCUCGAUGUUCGCAACUUACAGGGUAAGGCACUCGGAGCAGCCGUCCCGCAUGGGUCCGUAA